GAUGGUGUUAUCUCGGUAAAGGACAUCGACCUGGUGAUGUCAGAGGGACUAGGAAUGCGUUACGCCUUCAUAGGUCCCAUGGAAACAAUGCACCUCAAUGCACCUAAAGGUUUGGAAGACUACAUGAGCCGAUAUAGUGAAAAUAUAACAAGGAUUCUGUCUUCCUUUGGGCCUGUGCCGGACUUCUGUGGUGAAGCAGCCAAGAGCGUCAUUAAUGAGAUGUACGAGCUCAUUCCCUGUGACCAGCAGCAUCUGGCAGCCAGGCAGGAGAGGAGGGACCAGUUCCUCAUGCGUCUGGCCAAGCUGAAGAAGGACUAAUAAGCUCAGGGUCCAAACUCAAGAAAAACAACUUAAUUAGGUAGAAAUGUGAUUGUUGAGUUCAACAUGUAAUGAAGACCUUUUUUUCUUUAAACAGGCAUACCUUGACUGAAAAGCAGCACUUUUUUAAAAUGAGUAAUGAUCAAUCUUCCUUAUAUGAUGAGUACUAGCAGUAUUAGAACAUAACUCUGGAUUGCUACUCCUUAUGAAUACAAUUUUAACCGGUCUUUUGUUUUUUCUAAAUCUACAGCACGUUUUAACUUUUACUCUACAUCUUGGUUACAAAACCGACUGUGGUAAAAUGUGAAAAACAAUGAUCUCAUUCAGCCACAUUAAUGGUCUCUUGUGUAAACAAAUUUCUUGAAAAUGUGAAUCAGUGUUUUGAUUAAUAAAAAAGAACACAAUAACGCAUUUAUGUAAUUGUUUUGAUAGCCACACAACAGAAAGAGAUGAGUGUUUUUGUGAUCCUGAUAAUGAGGAGAAAUUAAAUAAUGACAUUUCACUACA